GAUGACAGAAAAAUACUCUUUUUCGUGGCAGAGAUUUUUCCGGACGUGCUUAUCGUUUUAGCUGUGACUUAUAAAGUGUAUAUUUAUUGGUAAAAAAUAUUAUAAACCUAAAAUAUGUACGGUGGUGAAGAUUAUGGAACCGUUGACUACUACGAUGAUUACGGUCACACCGGUGACCCGCAACUGGAUUUGGAGUACGAGCGUAAUUACUAUGCCAGCCGAAUGCCUGACAACGUGAAGUAUUUCCUGCAGAACUUCUGCCAAGCCAUUAAGGAGGGCGUCCUUUUCGACAUUCAGAAUAUGUACGAGAACACCUUUCCACAAAUCAGUGAUCAUCAUUUUGAUAAGAGUGCUUGGCCUGAUGAGCAAGAAGUAUCUGCAAUUGUAGAUAAUGAUAAAGUAUUUCUGAUUUUGUAUAAGGAAUUAUACUAUCGCCAUAUUCAUGCACGCAUACCAGGUGGCCCUAAAUUGGAUCAACGCAUCAAUUCAUUUUUCAACUAUUGUGACUUCUUUAAUUUAAUAAUUUCAUCCCAGAAUCCUGUCUCUUUAGAAUUGCCUGAUAUCUGGCUGUGGGAACUGGUCGAUGAAUUUGUUUACCAAUUUCAGAAUUUUGCUCAAUACAGGGCUCGCCUGACUGAUAAAACACAGGAAGAAAUCCAACAACUUUGCGUUAAUCACAGUAACGUUUGGAGCAUACUUUGUAUUUUGAAUGUUCUGCAUUCUCUUGUGGAUAUUUCCAAUAUCAAGAAGCAACUGGAAGCAAUUUCUCAGGGUAACGAUCCUCAAGGCGUUGCCGGUGAGUUUGGAGAAUUGUCAUUUUACAAGAUGUUGGGGUACUUCUCUCUCGUUGGCUUGCUGCGCGUGCAUUCGCUGUUGGGUGAUUAUUAUCAAGCCAUAAAAGUAUUGGAACCAAUUGAAAUUCACAAGAAAUCACAAUAUUCGCACAUACCCGCCUGCCAAAUUUCAACUUCUUAUUACGUUGGAUUCGCAUAUAUGAUGAUGCGACGUUAUGCUGAUGCUAUUCGAACCUUUUCUGAAAUUCUGCUCUACAUUCAACGCACCAAGCAGCUGUAUAGCACACGUUCUUACCAAAACGAUCAAAUCAACAAGCAAGCUGAACAGAUGUACCACCUGCUGGCGAUCUGUCUAGUGCUACACCCACAAUGCAUCGAUGAAUCUAUUCAACAGGUUCUACGUGAAAAAAACUACCAUGAUGCCAUGUUCAAAAUGCAGUGUGGCGAUUUGGAAGUAUUCAAGUCAUUCUUCAUCUUCGCUUGUCCACGAUUUGUAAGCCCAUGCCCCCCUGCCGCCGAUGCACCAUUGGAAGAUUAUGUAAAAGACCCAAUGGAACACCAGUUGAUGGUGUUUAUGGAUGAAGUGCGUCAGCAAAAGGAUUUGCCUACAACUCGUUCGUAUCUUAAGUUAUAUACAACAUUACCGUUGGCCAAAUUGGCCUCGUUUAUCGAUCCUAAUGCUAAUGAAGAUGAUAUUACGAAGCUACUUAUUCGCCUACUUUGUUUCAAACAUAAAAUGCGAAAUUUAGUUUGGACUAAAGGAUCUAGUGGCCUAGAAGGCAAUUUUAAAUCUGGCUCCGAGUUGGACUUCUAUAUUGAUGAUGACAUGAUUCAUAUUGCCGAUACAAAGGUUUCGCACCGUUAUGGCGACUUCUUUGUGCGGAAAAUAAUGAAGUUCAAUGACCUUAACCGCAAAUUAAAGAAUAUACACAUUUGAGCAGAGCCUCAGCAUAUUUCUCGUAAUUCGCAAUGUUUAUUUAAACAAAAUGCGCAUAAGUGAACAUAAUUUUGUAAUUCAAACCCCUGUAACUGGCACUUUUAUGGAAAAUAAAUAGGCGUUAAGCCUGCAGAAGAGCCGAUUUUA